AUGACGACGAUCGCAAGGACGACAGCGGGUCAGAUCAGGCUCAUCAGCUAUGCCCUUUCCAUCUUCUCGUACGGCAUCAUCGCCAACAUCCUCUUCACACUUUCGCUCCUCGUUCUACCGUUCUCCGACAAACUUGCCUAUGAAUGCAAUUCGAGCGUGGCCGGAACGCUAUGGCGCUACAUGCAGUGGCUCUUUGAGUCACGCGCUCAGGCCGAGAUCACAUUCAGUGGUGACACAUUGCCCUCGAAGGAAUCGGCUCUGGUCAUAUCCAAUCACCUCGCCUAUUCGGACUACUAUCUCAUCCAUGCACUCGCGCUUCGCAAAGGGAUGCUGCGCUAUUGUCGAUACUUUGCAAAGGACUCGCUCAAGUGGACACUGCCUAUCUUCGGCCUGAGUCUCAAACUUGUCGGAAUGGUCAUGGUCAAGAGAAACUGGACGAGCGAUGCGGCAAAUACACGGAAAGCGUUUGCGCAGCUGAAACGAGGCAGAAAUAAGCCCGUCUGGCUCGUCACUUACCUCGAGGGGACGCGCAUCACGCCUAAAAAGCUUGCCGAGAGCCAACGGUUCUGCAAGUCGGCAGACAAGCCCACGUUUGACAAUGUGCUCUACCCACGCAUGAACGGCUUCGUGGCUGCAAUAAGCGAACUACGCGACUCGCAAGUCGAGCAUGUCUACGAUUUCACGCUGGCAUACGCCGGUGCAAAGGGCGAGCCGCAGAAGCCAGCGAGUCUGGCGACCGUCUUUCAAAGCUCGCAGCUCAGUCCGCCUUACAAGUUCCACGUGCAUGUCAGGAGGGAAGCCGUGCCUCGACAAAAGUUGCCACGCGCUGAUGCUGAUAUCAUGCAGAUUUGCGAUACGAGACCUGCCGCAAACAGAUACCGCGCUGCGGUCGUGGGUAGAGAGAGUAUGGCAGGAGAAGGACGAGCUCUUAGAGAGCAUGAAAGGUUCGUGGACAGAUUCACCUCGCAUAAGAGAUACGCUGCACGCAUCGCACUACUACGAUCGACAUGUCAAACGAUCUUGAUACAACACGACACAAAAUGA